AUGGCAACAAUCGAAAACACCAUUGCUCGCCAGAAUGAAUUGUUCGGUCUGAUUUCCCGCGCAGUCGAAAAUCUUCAUAAACUCGGACCGACAAAAACAACUCGUGGAGCAGUGCAAAGUCGCGUGAGCGCACUCAAGGCUAAUUGGGAGAAAUUCCAGGGUCUUCAUGAUAGCUUGUGCAAAGUGCGGAGCCCCGACAUUGCAAAGCUGCCGUAUUUCGCUGACGACCUCUAUGCAUUGUGCGAAGAGAAAUACAUCAAUGCGAAUGGCAUCAUGCUUGACAUGUUAGAUGAGCUCGUACCGGAAAGAAGUGCGUCCGCGACCGAGGCCUCAAUGACAACGUCUACCGCAUCUCAUUCUCGACGACUGCCUCGUAUCGACAUACCAAAAUUCUCAGGUGAUUACGCUCAAUGGAGUCAUUAUCGAGAUUUGUUUACGUCCAUGAUCAUGGAAAAUAAUGAUAUAUCGGCUGUCGAGAAACUACAUUAUUUAAAAAUGAGCUUGACAGGGGAGCCAUCGCAACUCUUGAAAAAUGUGACUAUCUCUAGUGAAAAUCUCAACCGCUCCUGGAAAAUGCUCAUUGCUCGCUACGAAAAUAAGCGAAUACUAAUUGAUGCUCAAUUGUCAGCGUUAUUCGCAAUUCGCAAACUUAAAACCGAGUCAUCAUCGGAACUCAAGCGACUUCUCGGCGACGUUAAGGAAAUCCUCGGUGGUCUCGAAGCUCUCGACUGUCCGGUGCGCCAGUGGGAUCAUCUUAUCGUUUUUAUGACUGUGCGCAAUCUCGAUUCCGAAUCAAUGAAGGAUUGGGAAAAAACACUCGGUGCGACAACUACCGCGCCUUCCUUCGCCGACUUAGAAACCUUUCUCGUUGGACGCGUGCAUACUCUCGAAGCUAUCGAAAGAUCCACGACCUCACGUAAACAUCCAGCAACAAAUAUGACACGACCUCAACUAAACGCAAGAUCAUACGCUGCCACCACCGCCGAACAGCAGUGUGCGUUGUGCAAUUCAAGCCAUUAUAUUUUGGCGUGUCCGAAAUAUCUUGAGAAGACUCCCGCUCAACGCCGCGAGACAGUUUCAUCGAAAAACCUCUGUUAUAACUGUCUCGGUCCUCAUCAUCUGAAAAGCUGUCGUAAUGCAAAGCGCUGUCGUAUCUGUCGCAAGCAACAUCACUCAACGCUACAUCUCCCAUCAAACGAACCGGUAGCCGCAAUAACAACGAUGUCGCCGAUUGCCUCAAUUCCGUCGACCUCGCACAUAGGACUCACCUCCACGCAUCUCGCGCAAGCCGACGGACAAGAAUCAACGCUUCAAGCAUGCAGUCAUGUGACACAAUCGCGUAUAAUUCGAAGUACGUCCGUACUGCUCGCGACCGCUCUCGUUACCGUCGUAUCACCAUACGGCGAACAUUAUCAAGUACGCGCGUUGCUUGAUCAAGGAUCGGAGGCAUCAUUUAUCUCCGAAUCCGUCGCACAAAUCUUAAGACUCUCACGCACUUCAGCUGCAAUUCCAAUUAUCGGGAUCGGUGCUCAGCGAUCCAGUGUCUCCAAUGGACGUGUCUCUUUUGAAAUUAUCUCACGCGUCAAUUCGGCAUUCUCUCUAAAAAUCGAAGCUCUUGUGUUGCCGAAACUCACCUCUUAUCUGCCACCUGCAGUUAUUGUGAAUGCUCAGUGGCCUCAUAUCCAUGGAUUGGCGCUUGCAGAUCCAAACUUUGCAACGCCAGGAAAAAUUGAUCUCGUUCUCGGCGCAGGUGUUUGUGCGCAAAUUCUCGAAGACGGCAUUUGCCGAGGAGCUAGCGGUACGCCAAUCGCUCAGAAAACCACUUUCGGCUGGAUACUCUCCGGACAACUCUACUCUGAGCAUGAUCGCAUCUCAACAGAACAAUCAAUUAAUGGAUUGCACUGCUCUCUUGAUGGUGAACUCCUCGAUCUGCUCCAAAGAUUCUGGGCCCAGGAAGAAAUCACGCCUGUGCAUAACGUGACGCUCACCCCAGAAGAAUCUCAGUGUGAAGAACACUUCAAGACAACGCAUUCUCGUGACGCGCAUGGACGCUUUAUCGUUCGGUUACCGCUCCGAAAAACUGUAAGUGACUUGGGUGAUUCUCGCGCUCCAGCACUCAGGAUGCUCCGACGUAUGGAAGCGCGCUUCGAAACGCACGCUUCUCUCAAGGUAGCCUAUAAGGAGUUCCUACGUGAGUAUCUUGAACUUGGUCAUAUGCGUCUCUCAAGUUCUCAUGAUAUUUCGCGACGCGAAUUCUUUCUGCCGCAUCACGGCGUCAUUAAAGAAACAAGCUCGACCACGAAAUUACGCGUCGUGUUUAAUGGAUCGCAGAAAACAAAUCUCGGAAUAUCAUUAAACGACUGCUUGCAUAUCGGCCCGAAAUUGCAGACGGAUCUCAUUAACAUUCUCGUUCGCUGGCGUUGA